GAUUUGUUAUACCAAGCUCUUGUGAAAGAAGAAGAAAGACUCAAGAAGGAGAGGAAAAUUUACAAUUCUUUGGAAGCCAAGUUUCCUAAUAAACGUGAUGCUCCUGAUGAGUCCACAUAUUUGAUGGAAAUGUCUGCUGGGCUUGUGGACGAUUCAAGUGAUGAUGAUGAAGAUGGGAGUGAUGGUGACAUGCUAGUUUCAAUCAAUCCUCCAGUGAGACGAGAAGACAGAAAAACCAGGAAGCAAAGACGGGUGCACAAGGAAGAGGAAGAAAAU